ACAUGAAUCCGCUUCUUGGCGACUGAACAACCUGCGAAAGCCCGAGAGGACAAUAUCCAAACAUCACGGAUAAGCCAAACGCUGCACGGUCUCGUUUCUAGUUGAUGAGAGCUUCCCCUCAGCGAAACCUACGAUGCCUGGACGGAGGACGUGGUAUCUCUGGAACUGUUGCCAUCGCGUGCCGCAACACGGCCCCGACAGUGUCCACAGCUGGCUUGUGGACGGAGCAUGUGCCCUGUCAUCCUUCUUCGCACUGGCUGCGUGGCGUUCUAUGGGAUUACUAUUCGUCGCUAUGCUCGAGACUUUCCACGCCAGCAGGGUGGAAGCCUCAUGGCCGAUAGUAGUGCUGGGCGCGCUAGGCUACAUGGCAGGCUUGAUUACGGGACCACUGGCGCACAGUUUCUACGCUCGUCCAGCCAUCAUUGCAGGCGCUGCGAUGUCAAGCAUUGGCUUAAUGUUGAGUUUUUUUGCCACAAAUAUCAGCUUCCUGACAUUUUCACUGGGUGUAGUGCACGCCAUUGGAACCGGCAUGGUCUACAUAGUGGCCCCUACCAUCCUGAGCGAGCACUUUGUCACGAACAAGGGCCUCGCCAUGGGCAUCAACUACGCCGGCGUCACCGCAGCCCUUUUCGUGUUCCCUAAGCUGCUCGAAUACCUCAUCGCUGGAUAUGGACUUCGUGGCGCUCUUCUUAUCUGCGGUGCCGUCACCAUGAACGGGUUUGCGUUUAGCUUGUUCAUACGCACACCAGGUUGGUGCAAAGUUGCUGCCGAGGAGAAUGAAGACUUCGGCGAUUUCCCCCCGAAAACCAUUGAAGUUGAAAGGAGCAAGAAGCUACGCCACGCAUUCGCGGUGUUCAAGAGCCCCAUGUUUUAUCUUAUAAUGUACAGCUUCAACGCCUACUCCAUGUCGUAUGAUUUUUACAUGUCGCUGUUCGUCGACUUCGCCUGUGAUAGAGGUGUACUGGUGUCGACUGCUGUUACCGUGAUGGCGGCUGGAGCUGUCUCCGAGGGUUUAGGGAGGUUCAUGCUCCCGAUCGCCGUCGACCGAAAUCUGUUAACAAGCAACGUGGCUCUGACUAUCACAUUGGGUGUGGAGGCGGCGGCAUUCCUUCUGCUACCUUUCGUGCACAUUCAUGGGUUCAUCUUCGCCGUAGCCGCUGGAAUCGGCUUCGUCAUCGGCACUGGUAUAGUUAUUUUCCCGGUCACCCUGGAACAUUACUUCGGACAUCGGAAGAUGUCGGUAGCCUUCGGCAUCGUCGUCGCGUCGGCCGGAUUCCAAUCUUUCCUGAGGCCUUCUUUGAUAGGUCACUUCAGGGACAAAGGAGGAGCCUACGACUGGCUCUUUGUCAUCUGUGGAGUGGUCAACGUGGUCUCAGUCGCUAUUUGGAUUGGUGUCCUGGUGUGGGAGUGCUGUGCGAAACAUAGGAACGUGGUUGUUGUCGAAAACACACCAACAGGUGGUGUUAUUAAAUUGCAGCAUUUAAAUAAAGCUCAGGGACCUCAACCGGUAUAAGAAAAGCCAUUGUCUUUAUGACAGAAGAAAAAUUCCGCAUUCACCAUGCUGUAUCAGAAACGGUAUUAUGUGUACAGGAGCUAAAAGAGCUAUUCAUUCACACGUUAAAGGCGCUAAUAAUGAAUGCGCUACUACAAAGCUUUGUUUGCAAAAGCCGAAA